AUGUUGAAAGCCAGCAAACAGAAUUUCAACUGCAAGAAUGGAUCUAGUGGAAGCUUUUCGAAAAUUCAUCUUUGCGACGCAUGUGGAAAAAUUUUUACCUCGUUAUUCAAACUCAAGACGCACCAACUUGUUCACACGGGGGAGAAACCCUUUGAGUGCUUAGUGUGCCAAAAAGGUUUCACAUCUUCCAGUAACCUCACAAGGCACACGAGGCUCCAUACAGGGGAAAAACCCUUUGAGUGCUCAGUGUGUCAAAAAGGAUUUAUAUCUUCCAGUGAUCGCACAAGGCACAUGAGGACCCAUACAGGGGAGAAACCCUUUGAGUGCUCAAUGUGUCAAAAAGGUUUUAAAUCUUCCAGUGACCUCACAAUUCAUAUGAGGACCCAUACAGGGGAGAAACCCUUCGAGUGUCCAGUGUGUCAAAAAGGUUUUACAUUUUCCGGUAAUCUGACAAAACACAUGAGGACCCAUACGGGGGAGAAACCCUUUGAGUGCUCAGUGUGUCAAAAAGGUUUUAGAGCUUCCAAUGACCUCACAAUACAUAUGAGGACCCAUACAGGGGAGAAACCCUUUGAGUGCUCAGUGUGUCAAAAAGGUUUUAGAGCUUCCAAUGACCUCACAAUACAUAUGAGGACCCAUACAGGGGAAAAACCUUACAAGUGCUCAAUUUGUUCUCAAAGCUUUAGACACAAAUCAACACUCACAUCACACAUGAGGUCCCAUACAGGGGAGAAACCUUUUGAGUGCUCAGUGUGUCAAAAAGGUUUUACAUUUUCCGGUAAUCUGACGAAGCACAUGUGGACCCAUACGGGGGAGAGACCCUUUGAGUGCUCAGUGUGCCAAAAAGGUUUUGUAACUUCCAGUGACCUCACAAGGCACACGAGGGUCCAUACAGGGGAAAAACCUUACAAGUGUUCAAAUUGUUCUGAAUUUUUUAGCCGAAAAAGUACCCUCAGAAAUCAUAUGCGCGUCCACACUGGCAUACCAUGUGGUAGCUGUACUAUCUGCCAGAGACCAUUUACCGACUUGAGCAAUCUUAUGAGGCACAUGAAGAUCCAUACCGGGGAGAAAUCCUUCGAGUGCUCAAUUUGUUAUCAGAAAUUUAGGGUUAAAUUUUCCCUCGUGUUACACAUGAGGACCCAUACAGGGGAAAAACCUUACAAGUGCUCAAUUUGUUCUCAAAGCUUUAGACACAAAUCAACACUCACAUCACACAUGAGGACCCAUACAGGGGAGAAACCCUUUGAGUGCUCAAAGUGUCCAGAAUCUUUUAGAUGCAAAACCAUUCUCACGAGACACAUGCGCAUCCACACUGGCAUACCUUCUUGUCACUGUACUAUCUGCCAAAGGCCAUUUAUAAACCCGAGUAAUCUUAAAGUGCACAUGAGGACCCAUACAGGGGAGAAACCUUUUGAGUGCUCAGUGUGUCAAAAAGGUUUUACAUUUUCCGGUAAUCUGACAAAACACAUGAGGACCCACACGGGGGAGAAACCCUUUGAGUGCUCAGUGUGCCAAAAAGGUUUUUCAUCUUCUGGUGAUCUCAAAAAGCACAAGGUGAUCCAUACUGGGGAAAAACCCUUUGAAUGCUCAGAUUGUCCAAAAUCUUUUAGCCGUGAAGACCAACUCACAAGUCACAUGCGUCUCCACACUGGCAUACCAGGUAAUCACUGUAGCAUCUGCCAAAGGCCAUUCACCUUGAUCGGUAAUCUUAAAAAGCAUAUGCUUACCCACACGGAUAAAAAGCCAUUUCAAUGCUCGUUCUGUCAAAAAACGUUUAGAGAAAAUGGCAAUCUAGCAAGGCAUAUGCGCAUCCACGAAGCGUCCACGGGCAAAGUUUGGGAUCGAUGCUCCAUAUGCCAAAAGGUAUUUACCGAUCCCAGUAGCUUAAAAAGGCACUUUCGGACUCACACAGGCGAAAAACCAUUUCAAUGCCCGAUGUGCCCGAAAAAAUUUAGUCAAAACAGCACCCUGAAAGUUCACAUGCGAAUCCAUACCGUCUUGGUAGUGCAGUAG